CUAGCCUGCCGGGAGCUCAACUGAACUUUGGUGAAAGGAGCCUUUAGAAGAGACAAACAGUUAUUUAAACCACAAAACCUAAAGAUGAGUGAAGAUGGCUUGUGUGAGAAGUUUGUGUCAAUGAUCUCCAAGAAAGGAAGAUCUGAGAAAGACAUUGCUGCUCUGUCUGGUUUAACACAGAAGUUUCCUAAAGUAAUCCAAAACUUCUCUCAUGAGGAUCUCCUCAAGAUCACUGAGUUCUACAAGCCCCACCUGGCUUAUGUGAUUGAAUAUGACAUCAGGAGUAUCCUGCAGAACCUGGCCACCAAGAACAUCCUCACCAAUGAUGAGGCCAAGAGAUUCAAAGCCAAAGAAGAAAGAGAGGGGCGAACAGGUGUGGAGUCCUUCAUCAGCGACAUAAUGAAGAUGGACUGUGUGGUACUGGUGAGCCUGUGGGAGGCACUGGCUGAAGAACUUGUGAGAUUUCCAUCACCAAACAUGACAAGAAUACUGGAGGAGGUGACAGAGGGCGAACCAGACCUCUUGAUGAACAUUCAGGCCAGUCUUCAGCCCACUCCCAUUGAUGAUGGUAUUAAAGGUCUCCAUGAGAUACACAGAGGUGGUGUGUCUGAAUCUACAAGAACUCUAGAGGAUCAGGCUUAUCCUGGAGAUCCACACACCAGAGUUGUGGGCUUUGAGACUCGAUACACAGAGCUGAUGGUCUUUAAACAAUUUAAAAGAACCUACAGUGAGAGACACCAUGAACUUGAGAAGAUGGGGAGAACUCAUGCAGAGCUAAUAGAGGAGCAGACAAAAGAAAAAUGUGAGCGAAUCUGGACUGAGCAGCUUUUUAGGAGUCCAGGAAGUGAGAAAGACCCUCACAUUGUAGUGGUCAGUGGGGUGGCUGGAAUUGGGAAAACCAUCAUGGUCCAGAAGAUCACGUUUGACUGGGCCAGAGGCACUCAGUACCAGAGGUUUGCUUUUGUGUUCCUGUUUAAAUUCAGGGAGCUCAACCUCCUAGACACAGAGACAGAACCACAGAUGCCUCUGACCAGGUUGAUUGUAAGGCACUAUAAAUAUCUCAAUGACCCGAGACUGAGAGAAAUCCUGAAGAAACCUGAAUCUCUACUCUUUAUAUUUGAUGGGCUGGAUGAGUACAAACACAAAUUGGACUUCACACCCAGGAAGCUCCCCUCAAACCCAGAGGAGGACUACUUUCCUGUACACACCCUGGUCACCAGCCUGGUCAGAGGGACAUUACUGAAGGGCUGCACAGUCCUGAUAACAACCAGACCAACAGCCCUAGAAACCCUGGACAUGGAGAGAGUUGAUCGAUUUGCAGAGAUCCUGGGGUUCUUCCCUGAACAAAGGCUAAUGUACUUUAAGAAGUUCUUUGGUGAUGCUGAUCUGGGAACUGAGGCUUUUCAGUAUGUGGAGGAGAACGAAAUCCUGUACACCAUGUGCUUCAACCCCUCGUACUGCUGGAUUAUCUGCUCUGUGCUGAAGAGUCACUUCAUGACACCUGAAGAAGAGCGAGGAGCUGCCCCCAGAACUGUCACUGAGCUCUUUGUGAUGUUCCUUCACAACAUCCUCACCAAUCACAAGAGAGAAGCUGAGGACCAGCAGGAGAUUCUGGUCAGACUUGGAAAGAUGGCUUAUUAUGGGGUGAUGAACAGGACUCUUGUGUUUUAUGACAAGAUGGAGAUGUCCACCUUUGGUCUCCAGCCCAUCUUGUCCUCUCCAUUCCUCUCAGGGUUCCUCAAAGAAAUCCUUCAGAGAGAAAGCACUCUGGAGCACACGACAUACACAUUCUACCACCUCACCCUUCAGGAGUUCAUGGCCGCCUGUUCCUUCUACCUCGAUCCAUCAGGGGGCAUUGAGGAGCUGCUUGAGAAGUUGGACUCAUGUGUAGAUGGCCGGUUUGAGAUUCUCACUCGAUUCCUGGCAGGACUGGCCAGAUAUUCUGUGUUUAAAACACUGGGGGGAGUCAUGGGGGAGUUUGAGAGGAAGACAGCAAAGCGGAUACUGGAGUGGGUGAAGAAGAAAGCUGAAAAGGCACUAUGGGGAGCAGAUAAAAGAAAAGCUCUGCAAGUGUAUCAGUGGCUCUAUGAGACUCAGAAUAAAAAAUUAAUCAGAGACGCCAUUGGGAAGGAUUUAAAGAUGAGAUUUAGUAAGAUGGCUUUAUCUCCUCUGGACUGUGCUGUGCUGGGCUCUGUCAUCAGCUGCUGUGGAGAAUUUGAGGAGCUCAACCUGUCAGAGACAACCCUCACCUCAGAGUGCAUCAGGAGACUGGCGCCCGGGAUCAUCUGCUGCAGACGAGUCAACCUGCCUCGUUGUGGUCUCAACUUCACAUGUUGCUCAGCUCUCUCCUACACUCUUUCUUCUCCACACUCACGACUGACUGAACUGGACCUGAACACCAACAACAUGGAGAACUCAGGAGUGAAUCAGCUGUGUGAGGGGCUGAGGAGUGAAAACUGCAAAUUAGAGAAACUGAGCCUGUCUUCAUGUUGUCUCACCUCCAGAUGUUGCUCAGCUCUCUCCUCAGCUCUUUCUGCUCCACACUCACGACUGACUGAACUGAACCUGAGUGGCAACAACAACAUGAAGGAUUCAGGAGUGGAUCAGCUGUGUGACGGGCUGAGGAGUGAAAACUGCAAAUUAGAGAAACUGAACUUCUGUCACCAAGGCAGGGCAGUAAGCAGCAGUAGCUGACACUGACAUCUCUCCUGAGGUAUUGUGGUUUCACCUCCAGAUGUUGCUCAGCUCUCUCCUCAGCUCUUUCUUCUCCACACUCACGACUGACUGAACUGGAC